UGACAGGUUCUUUAUCUAAGGUCUCGUAUCUAUGGUUGUUAUUGUUUUUAGUUCCAUUGGACGUCUGACUUUUCUAGUUGGUUACAUUUUUUGUAAAUAGGUGUUCGUAAAUCAAUGUAUUUUUUAAGAAAUUUGUUUGCGUCAGCUUGGCGCAAAUUCUUAUGGCUGCAAUUGACAAAGUGAGAGUAAUUGUCGUUGGAGAUUCGGGUGUGGGUAAGUCUUCCCUGACGCACCUCGUUUGUCACCAAGAGCCCAUCCACAGCCCCCUGUGGACCAUCGGGUGCUCCGUGGAAGUGAAGCUGCACGAGUUCAAGGAGGGAACGCCCCUGCAGAAAACUUACUUCGUCGAGCUUUGGGACGUUGGAGGCAGCAGCAGCCACAGGAACACUCGCUCCGUGUUCUACACUCCGACGCACGGUAUAAUCCUGGUUCAUGACCUGACGAACCGGAAGUCCCAGCAGAACCUUCAGAAGUGGCUGGCAGAGGUGUUGAACAGGGACAGCAACGCUAAAUCCCGCAACUCCAGUUUUGAUGACUUUGACCCAGAGCAAUUUGUGGGAUCAACACAAGUUCCGAUUCUCGUCAUUGGCACAAAGCUAGAUCUGGCAUUUGAGGUUCGAGCACAUCCUCACAGACGAACAUCAACCAUAGCUGAGGAGUGUGGUGCUGAUGAGAUUUUUCUAGAUUGCUGUCAGUCACGUUCGCUUGCUGCAGGAACGAGUUCCUCUGUGAAACUCAGUCGUUUCUUCGACAAGGUAAUUGAGAGGCGCUUUUACGGCAGGGAUGGCCUGAAUCCGUUCUCGGACAAGCGGCGGCCAGCAUCAGCGCUCAGCCCUAACUCCAAAUAUCACCAUAAUGACUAAAUCUGUACCGUGUACAGCAUAGCGUCAUUAGCGUCUGCUUCUCCGUUGUUGAAGAGGCACUCGAUUGUGCGAGCUAGUCUUCACAGCAGUGGCUUCAAGAUGAUGCUGUUCUGCCCCAACUGCGGCACCCUGCUGGCCUUGGACGAGGGUGCUCAGUGCAUGCGAUUCUCCUGCCUGACCUGCCCGUACAUCUAUAACGUGGUGCAGAAGGUGACCAGCCGCAUCUACCCCCGUCUCAAAGAGGUGGACGACGUGCUAGGAGGGGCCGCGGCCUGGGACAACGUCGACUCGACGGAGGAGCGCUGUCCCGCGUGUGCCCACCCGCGAGCCUACUUCAUGCAGAUACAGACUCGCUCGGCUGACGAGCCUAUGACCACAUUUUACAAGUGCUGCAAUCACGAGUGUGGCCACCGCUGGAGGGAGUGACUUCAUAAACUUUAUAAUGGUUUACCUAUGCGUUUGAGUUUCCAUAGCUUUCCUGCAGAAAACAUUGGGUAUUGUGAUUUUGAAAAUUGAAUAUGCUUAUGUUAUCAAAGUGUUUUACGUUUGCAACAUUGUAUCUCAAUGUUUGUCUUUGAAGGAUUUUGUUUUGAACAAAUAGAAUUUCCAUAUAACAAGUGAAAAUUCUAGUUGAUCAUGUUUUGUAAAGAAGUGAAGGUAAAUUCAAAAAUAAUACAAUAAAUUUGUACUCAAAUCAUUAA